UCAGUUAACGCCCAGGGCUAGCCAAGGAAACAACUACAGCGUUUGGAUACCAGCAAAAGAGAAGACAACAGAAAUGCCGCCACCAUACUACUACGAGGAGGAAGGUCGUCGUCAUCAUCAUCAUCACCACCACCAUGGAGGACCACCCAUUGUGGAGGUAGAUGUUGGACUACCAAGACUUCCACGUCCUGUCAUCGAUAUUGAAGUUGGCGGCCGCUACCCACCGCCCCCACCUCCAGUUGUGGAGGUGAUCACUCCAGCCGCUGUCUACCAGCCACCUCCACCGCCGAGACCCAUAAUUGAGGUCGAUGUGGUACAGCCUCAAAGACCCUUCAUUGAAUUCAAUAUAGGAGGUCGUCGUCCUCCCCCGCCCCGCGAGGAGAUUAUCAUAGUGCAACAGCAGCAGCCACCACCCAGAUGGUAAAAGGACGACCCUUUCGCUCAUGUAGACUGACAUUGUUUAAUGGAAAUCAACAAAUCAAAUACAAAACAAAAAAAGGCUUUAAAUAAAUACAAACACUAAAGUGGAAAUUAAAUUUAUAAAUUAUUAUAUUCACGAGUAGAUUCCGUGUCUGUGAGUGUAAUAGAAUAUUUAUUUGUCAUUUGUUAAUGGCAUAAAUACAAUAGCAAUAACUAUCAAAAUUAAAUUGUUUUUCAAUU